AUGGAAAAGAAAACCUUUAUUAAUUUAUUCUUAUUGAUGAUUGGAUGCGUUUCAAAAGCGGAUUUCCAAGCCGACUAUUUCUUUCGUAGUCUAGGUACUAUAAAAUUACCAGAUUGUAGAAAUGCCAUAUAUGACUCCGAAUGUCGGUCAAAAUGCUCCGGUACUAUCGUUUGUAUAGUAAAAGCAGGCUGCCAUUGUAAACCUGAAGUAAUACCAUUCGUGUCCGAUUAUUAUAAUGACGUCGACAAAGUACAAGAUGAAUUCGACUAUAGACUACCUGCAGUUCUACAGAUAAAAGUACCAAACGAUGAAGUACAAACUGAGCGCCCGAAUCUACGCCAUCACAUAGCACAUUUUUGUCCGAACCUCGACGUAGCAAGAGAUUGCAUCAAGCAUUGUAUGAAUACAGGGAAGCCGGCUUUCUGCGGUAAAGACCACCAAUGCUAUUGUGGUCAUAAGGGUCGUGACAAAGAUAAAAGCAUCAACGCUACUGAAGUUUAUUCGCAAUUUCAGGACUUGUAUGCUAAAUACUUCGGGGCUGAUAAUUCUGCAAAUGAUUAACAAUAAAUAAAAGUUUAUUCUACAAUCGGUCAAAA